AUGGUUCUGGGUCUAAUACUUGCAGCUGGUGCUGUUGGUCUUGGUGGUGGUUAUUUAGCUGGAAAAAGUCGUGAACGUCGCAAAAUUGCUAAUGGAUAUGUGACGUACAACGAUCAAGGUUACAGAAAGCCAUAUUCGUCGUCACCACGCUACGAUGGUAAUGGAUAUUAUGGAAAUCAUCAUCACGCAGGUUAUUCGACACAGUACGCUAAUGUUCAUUGGUAA